CUCGUGCCCGACACGGUUGUCGGUCCACGUGCUUUUUUUUUCUCUCCUCCCCACGAAAACACCGCCGGGCACACCGUGUCUCCCACGUCCCGAUCACGUAUGCGAUUCGGCCGACAUGCCAACGAUCGGGGACCGCCGAUUUGAUAUGGAGAUCGCGAGUGUCGCGAUUCGUCAUACCGUUGUUUGACUGGUCACGUAGAGGGCCCGCGGUGCACUCUUUUCCUUUUGCCAGAACGAGGAUCGAGGCCGGGUCUCGCGGGUUCGGUUUUCGACGGUGUGGUGCGGCCGGAGGAACACGUGGCGGUACACGCUCGCCCGUUAUGCAUCGCUGCGUCACCUAACGUCGGCCGCGUUCCUAUCGGCGCCCGUGACUCUCAUGGUUGGAGCUUGUUGCCGCGGCCGCAGCUCCGGAAUUUCUAUGGGAAUUCGCCAGGAAAUUGUAAGAAGCCGAUUCGCAGCGGUCACAGCUGUUCGAGCCUGAAAUUGGAGCAGCUGUUUCAUGUCCCACGCAGUUGUUCGCCGUGGAUCUGCCGGAUCCUCGUGUUUCGACACACGAUUUCCCUUCGUCGCAACAUCUUUUGCCGGAGUAAGAAGCUACGACGAUGCUGUCCACGGCGAUUUAGCAUCCGGAGCGACUCUACUACUACCAGAUAUUUCUGUAGGUACUCGCGACUGUGGUCUUCGCGAUCUUCGAUCGUCGAAGUAGUCUUAGACGGAAGCUUGAAGGCUUCCGAACGAGGAGAACGCUUCAUUCGAGGAAUCUGCGGACUCUGAGCUCGCCUAAUCGCCUGUGCUGCUUUCCGAAUCAAUUCUGUUGCGAAAUGGAUCUACGAAGAGUGAUCCAUGAUCUUGAAGAGUGAUCAACCAAAUGAACAAAGUUCUUUGAACAUUGCGAAUUUUGAUAGACACCUGGGUUUUCUGAUUCCCGAAGCAACUUCAGUGCUCGAAUUCACGUUUAGGGGAUUACGACGGACCCGCGGAAACUAAUCGAGCUGUCGCAUGAAACCGACGAGACAAUUUCUAGACGUGCUUCUGCCAGCGUUCCGCGCUCAUCGGAUUCGUACCAUAAAAUCGCGUCGAUUUCAAGGAAGAGCAGCGGUUCGAUCUGGUUCCCGUAAACUGCAGUCUAUAAUGCAGGAGAACAGUAUGAAAGUUUGAUGCCGAGUGCGGCAUUCAAUUGAAAGUAUCCCAUGAAUAUAACUUUAAGGAAGUUUUUAUUUUAAGGAAGAGAGCAGCGCGGUUCGAUUUGGUUCCCGAAAACUGCAGUCUAUAAUGCAGGGAAACGGUAUGAAAGUUUGAUGCCGAGUGGGACAUUCAAUUGAAAGUAUUCCAUGAAUAUAACAGUAUCCGCUGAAGCCAGCCGCACGCAAAGACCGUGUAUCAAGUAUUAACGAGUUCCUCCGAUACCGUAAACGACGGGCGUGUUUUCUUCGAACGCGAUAGGCGGAUAUUGUAAAUAAUGUUCACGCUGUAGCAGAUUCAGAGGAUACACGCUUUAGACGGAGACAGUAGAUUCUGGCGAAACUGUACGAUACCAUGGAACGAGCUACGAGAUUAUUUCAUCGAAGAUCGCUAAUGUAUUGAAAAGAGAUUGCACUUGAAAAUCGUAUUCUCCGAUUGAACUGCGAAGAAGCACCGUCGUUUCAUCGCGAAGAUUGUUCAUCGACAACUGCCUUAUUUUUGUAUCGGAGCACUGCCUCGCCUCGAUCAGGAAAUUCAAACUUUCGAAGCGGUUUCCCGUUCGGAAGGUCUCCGGGGAUAUGAAGUGUUAGUUUCCGUCGAAUAUAAUAAGGCGAACAGCAAGCAUGGAUUCGAACGUGGAGGAAACGGAGCUGGACGUCGGAUCCGCGAGCGACGAGCUCGAGUCCUCGAUCCCGGAGUCGAAGAUCAUGCGUCGACCAACGCCGAAGCCGUUCACGAUCGAGAGCCUGAUCGGGAAUUGCGGGACCCAGAAAGUACACUGCGAUCCCGGCACGCAGGAAGAACGAGCGAACGAGAAAGAAGAGGACUCGGACCGGGACAGGGAAUAUCUUUAUCAGAGACACUAUCUGGCGACUGCGGCGGCGAACGCGCUUCCCCCAGGGUUCGGCGUGCCCCUCGGUCUCUACGGAGCCUGGUUACCGAUGCGGAUGUACGGCAGCGGCGGGACUUCCGGUGUCCCGAUGUUGCCAGCGCACACCUCGGCCAGCUACCCGUCACACCAGGAGCUUUAUCAGAGCCGAUUGUCACAGCAUCUCGGCCCGGGAGCUAAUCAUCUCCAAGGCGCAGCUUAUCCGACCGGUUGUCAGCGUACACCAAAUCAUCGUUGUUCGACGAGCUUCACGGACAGCGAGGACGACGGCAGCAUCGACUCCCCAGCUUCGCCUGCCCAUGAUCUCUCGAAAUCGCGACACGGUUCGGAGAACGGCCGCGCGUCAGCCGAGAGCGAGGACGAGGGCGGAGGCUUGAGCAUGGCGGGCGACGGUCACGACGCGGCCGACGCGAUGUCCAGCAACGCGUCCAGCAACGUGAGCCCCGGCUCCCUGGAGAACGGUCAGAGCAGUUCGGCGUCGGGGUCCAGCAACAACAAGGCUCGCCGCAGGCGAACAGCGUUCACGUCCGAGCAGCUGUUGGAGCUGGAACGAGAGUUCCACGCGAAGAAGUACCUGAGCCUGACGGAGAGGUCGCACAUCGCCCACGCCCUGAAGCUGUCGGAGGUGCAGGUGAAGAUCUGGUUCCAGAAUCGCCGAGCCAAAUGGAAAAGGGUGAAGGCCGGCUUGUCUGGCGGCGGUGUCGGCACCGGCGCGACCAGCAUGGCCGCCGCUGGAGCCUCGAACAGGCACAACGGGGCGACCGGACAGCACUCUGGGAACGGCACCAGGAUCGUGGUGCCGAUUCCCGUCCACGUGAGCAGACUGGCGGUGAGGUCGCAUCAUCAUCACCUGGAGAAGUGCGCCAGGCCACCCAGGGUCAGGCCAGCCGGCGACAGUCCAGCUUCCGCGGCGUCGAGCUCGGUUCUAGGCGACGCCCUCGGUCUGGUCAACUCGUCCAUCAACCUGACCGGACAGGUGCAAGCGCCCAUCAGCAGCGGCGUUGGCAUCGGCGUCGCCGUCGGUCUCAGAGCGUUCACCGUGCCGUCCCAUCGGGGCGGGCUCAGCUCUUCCGGCAGGUAGUGAACACUGCCUGGUAGCGAACUCUGGACUCGAUGGAACCCGGGGAACGGGUUCGCGGCGACACGGGAUCGGUGUAAGUCUCGCGCGAACUCCGGGGAAGAACGGUGAGUGGUGAGAGAAGCGGCUGCUGGACAGCAACUCGAAAGCGAGAGACUUUCGGUUUUGAUGGACCGAAGGGUGACAAUGAUCCUUGCCAUUUGGAGAGUACGCUAGAUCGAUGGUACAGUCGAAUCGAGGCUCGCGCGCGCGCGAUCGACGGCGAAGUCCGAAGCACGUUCGCUGGCAUUGGCUGCUUCCGCCAAUGCUUCGCAAACGGAGCUUUCGUUGCGAGAUGAAGAUUCUAUUCGAGAUACGUGGAUUUGCUCGCUAAUCCGAAUGUCUCAGGAAUUAGGAAACAACGGUAUUCGGGAAUUCUCUGCGAACGUUUUACUUGUAUUGCUCAAUUUUGUGAUAAGUGCUUGAUACCCGCACCGACGGUUCUACCGUUUCCGUGUUAUAGUUUGAUGUGGCAACUACCGCACAUUUAAUCGAGAGACAAUUAACUCGGUCUUCUUUUACGCGAGGCAGAGAAUGAAUUCGUCGGGGACGUGCAACGCUGGCAGCGAACGUGUCGGUCAUCGUCGUUCGCAGCCGAGUCUAUCGAGAGUCUAUGGAUUCGUAGAGGAAACGGGGGACAAGUUAAGUAGCUUCAUCCUGCCAACGAUUGCGAGAUCGAACGUCGAGGAAGAAUUAAAAAUAGAAUCGUAUCUCCGACAGAGUAACUGCUGAAUAAUUGACGAAGAUACUGUGACUGUGUGCUUCGAGUGUCGGGAGCCAUUGGAAUCGAUGCUGGCUGAAGUGUUCUUUAACAGGAGCUGCUUGCGAAGCGAAGUCGGUCCAGUUCGACAGAACUUCGGGACGUUGGAACACGCGUGCUGGAAUCGCCGCGGAAGCCAGUUCGCAGGUUGCGUUCUCGUUGCUCGAUCAUUCCGCGGAAGGACAGCGUCCGCGGAGUCUUCGAGAUAUUCUUUUUCUCUCCGCGAUCGGUCUCGCAUCGCGCGGCGAGCCGUGCUUUCGACGCGGCCGCGAAUGAAGCGAUGUAAAUAAGUAAUAUUACGGUGUUGUAAAUAGCGUUUCCCACACAGCGUUACCGCGUAGAUUGUAACCGAUGUACGAGCGUAGGUCUAACUUGUAGAUAAUUUACAUUAAACGAGCCUCCGCUCGUGGAGGAGCACUAUGUUACGGCGAUGGUCUAUCGAUUGGCCGUGCGAUUACCACAGCUGCAUCACGGUCGCGAUACGACGACGAGCGGAAGCCGAGCGAACGGUCUGCACACUUGUGUAUAUCGAGAAGGCAAUAAAAUGUGCGAAUAUCUUAUGAAA